ACCUUCGUAAGCGUAUUGUGUUUCGCGGGCAAUGUUUUCAUGCCUCAUGUCCUUCCAAGCUAGCGGCUAGCUAUCUAGCUAGCAACCGCUCUGAACCCACAGCCGGAGACCACAGAAGGAGGAGGAGACGCGUUUCGGCGGGUUUUAGUAAAAUGGCGUUGCGCGUACGAGGACUGAGCCGCUGGAGUUAGCCGACACCCACCCUGGCCUCAACUCUCUUCCAUCGGAGCGAGAUUUUAAGGAGAAAGUAGAUUUGACAGCAGCAGCACCGCUAUGGCCGCGUCGCUGGACCAGAAGUCCCCCAACGUGCUGCUCCAGAGCCUGUGCUGCAGAAUCACUGGGAAGAGCGAAGCGGAAGUAGCCCACCAGUUCCAGUAUGCCGUGCGGGUCAUCGGGAGCAACUACGCCCCCACCAUCGAACGGGAUGAAUUCCUGGUGUCUGAGAAGAUCAAGAAGGAAAUGGUGAAGCAGAGGAGGGAGGCCGACGCAGCCCUGUUCUCUGAGCUCCACCGGAAGCUGCAGACUCAGGGAGUUCUGAAACACCGCUGGUCUGUCCUCUACCUACUGCUGAGUCUCUGUGAAGACCCCCGCAAGCCCUCCCCUAGGCUGGGCAGCUACGGGGCCCUGUUCGCCCAGGCCCUGCCCCGGGACGCCCACUCCACCCCCUUCUACUGCACCCGCCCCCAGAGCCUGGCGCUCAGCUACGGGGACCGGGCGUCGGCCCCCGGCGGGGCCACGGUGGUGGCCGGGGCCCCCGGGGCUCUCUCCAGCACCACCAUGGGGACCAGCGGGAUCUCCAGCCUGGGGGUGUACACGCUCAACGGGCCCUCGCCCACACCCCAGUCCCUCCUGGCCGGUCAACCCCCAGCUGCAGGCGGUCCGGCGCUGGGCUCGCGUCUCGCCUGGGCCCUCCCGGUUGGCUCCGCCCCUGCCUGUGCCCUGGCCCCGCCCUCAUCACGGCCCCCCCUGGGGCCCGUCUCCCUCAACCGCGGCAUACGGCCCCGCCGCGACGGGGACCCCAACGCGGAGGUGACGGAGGCGGCGCUGGUGCGAGACAUCCUCUACGUGUUCCAGGGCAUCGACGGCAAAUACAUCAAGAUGAACCUCGCCGACAACUGCUACAAGAUGGACGCCAAGGUGGUGCUGUGUAAGUCCCUGAGGGACACGGGCAGCAGGCUGGCCGAGCUGGGAUGGCUGCACAACAAAGUGCGCAAAUACACGGACGCCCGCAGCCUGGACCGCGCCUUCGGGUUGGUCGGACAGAGCUUCUGUGCGUCGCUUCACCAGGAGCUGAAGGAGUACUACCGCCUCCUCUCCGUGCUCCACUCCCAGCUGCAGGUGGAGGAGGACCAGGGGGUGAACCUCAUGGUGGAGAGCAGCCUGACCCUGAAGAGGCUGCUGGUCUGGACCUACGACCCCAAGGCCCGGCUCAAGACCCUGGCCGCCCUCGUCGACUUCUGCCAAGGGCGCAAGGGCGGCGAGCUGGCGUCGGCCGUCCACGCGUACGGCAAGACGGGCGACCCCCAGAUGAGGGCGCUGGUGCAGCACAUCCUCAGCCUGGUGUCCCACCCCAUCCUCAACUUCCUGUACCGCUGGAUCUACGACGGGGAGCUGGAGGACACCUACCACGAGUUCUUUGUGGCGUCCGACCCCAACGUGAAGACGGACCGCCUCUGGCACGACAAGUACUCCCUGAGGAAGUCCAUGAUCCCCUCCUUCAUCACCAUGGACCAGUCCCACAAGGUGCUGCUGAUCGGGAAGUCCAUCAACUUCCUGCACCAGGUGUGUCACGACAGAACGCCGCCCGGCAAGAUCACACCGGCCUCCAAGUCCGCCGACACGCCCAGCGAUGCGGCGGAGCUGCUGUGGGACCUGGAGGGGGCGUUCCAGGGGAAGAUCGACGCAGCGUACUUCGACACCAGCAGGUACCUGCUGAACGUGCUGAACCGCGACUACCUGCUCCUGGACCACCUGCAGGCCAUGCGCCGCUACCUUCUGCUGGGCCAGGGGGACUUCAUCCGCCACCUCAUGGACCUGCUCAAGCCAGAGCUGGCCCGCCCGGCAACCACUCUCUACCAGCACAACCUCACGGGCAUCCUGGAGACGGCGGUGCGCGCCACCAACGCCCAGUACGACAACGCCGAGAUCCUCAAGAGGCUGGACGUCCGCUUGCUGGAGGUGUCGCCCGGUAGCACGGGCUGGGAUGUCUUCAGUCUGGACUACCACGUGGAUGGACCCAUCGCCACGGUGUUCACGCGCGAGUGCAUGAGCCGUUACCUGCGUGCCUUCAACUUCCUGUGGAGGGCUAAGAGGAUGGAGUACACGCUGACGGACAUCUGGAAGGGCCAGAUGUGCAACGCCAAGCUCCUCAAGACCAUGCCAGAGCUGUCCGGGGUGCUCCACCAGUGCCACAUCCUGGCCUCCGAGAUGGUCCACUUCAUCCACCAGAUGCAGUACUACAUCACCUUUGAGGUGCUGGAGUGCUCGUGGGACGAGCUGUGGAACAAGGUGCAGCAGGCCCAGGACCUGGACCACAUCAUCACCGCCCACGAGGUCUUCCUGGACACCAUCAUCUCCAGGUGCCUGCUGGACAGCAACAGCAGGUCUCUUCUGAACCAGCUGAGGGCCAUCUUCAACCAGAUCAUUGAGUUCCAGAGCGCCCAGGACUCUCUGUACCGCUCCGCCCUGGAGGAGCUCCGCCUGCGGCUGCAGUACGACGAGCAGAAGAAGACGAGGGAGACCCAGGGCGAGUGGGGCGUGACGGCGGAGCAGGAGGCGGAGGAGGCCAACAGAGUGCGGGAGUUCCAGGACACCAUACCCAAGAUGCGCUCGCAGCUGCACAUCCUCACACACUACUACCAGGGCAUCGUGCAGCAGUUCCUGGUGCUGCUGAUGACCAGUCCUGACCAGAGCCUUCGCUUCCUCAGCUUCAGGCUAGACUUCAACGAGCACUACAGGGCCAGAGAGCCGAGGCUGCGCGCCUCGCUCGGCACCACCAGGGGGCGACGCUCCUGAGGCGUCUGACGCUGUGCUGGCCACGUCGUAGGGAGGGGGGCUUUGGAUGUCACCGUGGGGCCGGGAAACGAUGGAACCUCGACCUCGGGGGGGGGGGAAACUGUGGAUUUGUUUAUUUUUUGUUGCUUUACCGACCUCACAUUGCGGUCACAGAAAAUGUUUGGGUUUUUUGAAUUGUGUUCAUCUCAAGGAAACAAACGCCGACAUCCAGACCCAUUUCCAAACUAUUGUCGUCGUUCGUCUUUCUUGACAUCCUAGGUGUGUCAUGACUUCACGACCCGUCCUCUCCCUACAUAAUCUGAGUUGUGAAAGGGUCCCAACGCACCAUCCCACCACUGAUCCCUUUCUGCACUUUGUUUGUCGACCAACAAGGAUUCUGUGGGAUAGAGUGUCAAAGUGCUUGCGCACACUGUGUUGACGGUCUCGUUGGACGUGUUGAGCGUUAUUUAAGAACAGCCCUUAUGUGUGUCUCAAGAAAGAGAAUUGGAGCAUCAGGAAAACAGUUGGUGUCCACAAGUCAAAGAAGUAAGUGCUCAAUUGUAAAGAAAAGAAAAUAACCUGUUUGUCUGGUUCUUAUUAAUUGGUCAAAAAUGUACUUCGAGAAUACAUAUAAGACUACAAUAGUUACCUGUCGGCACUGAUGUUAUUUGACUUGACAUGACUUUUUCCAGCAUAAGAUACCGGAUGAUAAAGGCCACGUGAUGCGGGGUUGGUCACCGUACUUCUAGGCCCUGACACACCAGUGGUUAACAGGUUUUCUACAGACACCGGCACUGUGACGUCUUUUUUCAACCCAUCGCGAGAUGAAUCCUUCAGCCCCAUGCGUGUGUCGCUGUGCUUCCCUCCGUCACUCGACUGGCUUCCUGCGCUAUUUUUUAAAACAAUCAUUUUGACAAAAUAGCCAAACCCAAGCUUCUUCUUUUUGUUCAUGACUGACUUGAAACUUAAAACCAAAUUCAGCUUUUUUGCUCCGAUCCGGGGUUGGGUUAUAUAGGAGUGUGGAACCCCUAACCAGACCCAGCUUUUAUACAAAAAAUAUGUAUUAGAAAAAAAACUGUUUAUUUGACAUGUUCGACUAUUUUAUUUGGCUUUUGAAUCAUUUGAAGCAGGUGUUUAAUCUUAUCUACAGCGGUCCACUCUUACCUGCCUCGCGUCAGGUGAUCCAAGCCCCGUCUGAUUCUCCGCCUCCCUACAAUUGUCUAUGUAUAAAAUAUAGCAGACCUGAACGUCUGGUCAAUUGUUUAAAUAAAUUACGUUUUUUUUAAAA